CUUAAUAAACCGCAUGAGUAUUUUUCUACACAAACCAUUAUUUAUAAAAGCCAAAAUCGUAAAUUCUCACCAUUACGGUAGUAACAAAUAUAAGUAAAUUACUUGGACAUAAAUUUCAGUCGUAUAAUAAAUUUUGCUAGGGGUUCCUAUAUCUGUACUGGUAUUGUAAAUUUUACUUUCGACGCGUCCUCUAAAGGAGUUAACAUGUCAAAGAUGUUGGGUGCGAUUUUUCUGGUUUUUAUAGCCAGUGCGGAAAGUUUGACCUUACCGGACACUUCAGAGAUCACGGGAGAUUAUUUAAGGACUAAAAGAGAUACUCCUGAGGGAAUUGAAGAUAUUUUAGGACCAGGUAUUCAGGACGCCUUCUUCCACACCUACGGCGACGACAAAGAUGGCGACGGAGAUCUACAGGGUUACUCGAAAAAAUACGACGAUGACGGUGAAGACGGAUACAAACAUUUUGACAGCUACCACAAAAAAGACGGUGACAACUAUGCGUUCGAGAAGCAUACGGAAUACGGACAAGAAAACAAAAACGAAGCGGACGCCGGGGAAAAAUCGCAAAAGUUGCAGGAAAACGAAGAAAUAAAUGAUUAUGAUGACGCAGAAGAAGAGGAUGAAACUAAAAAUGUAUACAAGGUGGCCGUUCCAUUAAAAGAGGUUGGAAAAAAAUACCUAAAAUCAAAUCCCUCUGCAACCUACAGACAAAAACGUCAAUCUGAUGAUAGAAGCUAUGAAAGAAGAAGCAACAGACGUAGAGACAGAUAUGAUGAUGAUGACGAUGACGAUGAUGACGACAGAAGGGGCCGUCGUUACAGACAAUCUGAUGAAGAUGACGAUGAUUACUGAAACGUCUUUCUAUCUAAGCAUAUUAUAUUUAAGCCAUAUGUUAUACUACUAAAAAUGUUUUCGUUUAAC